AUGCAGAACAAGUGGUAUAACUUGAAGCUGUGGCAACAAACGUUUGGUGAUGGUGAUGAUGAUGAUAGUGGUGAUGGUGUAAAUGAUGUGGAACUGUAUGCUGUUGCUGUGAAUGCGUUUGGUAUUGUAGUUGAGUUGGAGGCAAUUGUUGUUGUUGAUGGUGCAGCAAUUGUUGAUGGUGAUGAUGGCAAUUUAGAGUCAGAACAUGUAGUCGAUUUUAAGUUCAGUAAUGAAGAGGAGUUAGAACAUGAAGAAGAUUUGGAGAAUAGUGAUGAAGAAGAAAUAGAACAUAAAACAAGAUCAUUUGGAAAAUCAAAUUCCUAUAAAGACAAAAAAUCUAAAAUUGAAAAGGGUCGUUCAUUCAUUGAUGACGACGAAGAAGAUAGGGUAUCAAGUGAUGAAGAACAGAUUGAAUAUAAAUCACAACCAUUAGAAAAAUAUGUAUCCAAGAACAAAGUAGAUCAGAACAAAAAUAAAAGUAUUUGUUCAUAUAAUGCUGAUGUAGAAGACGGAUAUAAAUCUUGCUUAUCACGAAAAUCACUUUCCAGUAAACAAAAGAAAAUAACGGAAUAUAUUUCUUCCAAUUUUGAUGAAGAGACAAAAUGUAAACCAGAAUCGCCACAAAAAUCAGUAUCUCGGAAAGAAAUUAAGAAAAAUAUUGAAAAUAUCCCGUCAUCUAGUGACGAAAGCAGUGAUUCAUCGCUUAAUGAGAGAAAAGAUGUAAAUAGUAAAUUAGAUGUUAAAAAACAUUCCUUAUACCAUAAACAAAAUGAAGAGAAAAUUGAAAACGAAGCUGAGACUAUUAGUCCUUCUAAAAGGAGGUCACUACUUAAUAAAAAAACCAAAAUUGAUGUCGGCAAGAAUAAUUCAUCUUGUAAUAUGGGAAACCUCAAUCAUUCAAAGAGAAAGUCCUUGUCUUUUGAAGAAAGUAAAUUAAAAUCAAUAGAAAAAAAUAAAUCUCUUAGAAAUUCAUUGCAUAAAAGGAAAGAAAAUGUUGAAACUAAGGAAUCGAUUUCACAGACUCAUUCUGAUAGUGAUUUUGUUGAAAUUCGGAAUAUGAGCGAUAAUGAAUCAAGUACUGAAGAAGAGAAUGAGUGUAAUUUAUCUAAAAAUCUUUCAUACAAAAAUGUUAAAUAUUUAAAUGAACAAGAGGAGGCCGAUUCAAGUGAUGAGGAUAAAAUAGAGAUAAAUAAGAAAUCCGUAAAUAAGUCAACCAAAAAGAAGUAUUCAUUGAAUAAACGUAAUGAACUACCAACUUCAUCCUCUGAACCAGAAAAAAGCGAAGCAGAUGUGGCAGAUCAAAGUCAAACGUUGAAUAAUAAACACUCAUUAAACACAAAUUCCAAGAUUCAAACCGCAAUUUUAUCAAAUUCAAAGAAAAGAAAAUUUAGAAGAGAUUUAGAAAGAACAAGUAGUUCAGAUGAAGACGAAAUCAAGUUAAAGGCGACAGCUAAAGUAAGUAGCCGUUUAUGCACAAGUUUUAUUGAUUUUAAUAAGAUAGCGAACGAAAAAUACUAUGAGAAACUACAUACAUCAUGUACGGUGAACACAUUUGAAGUUGGGGAUCCUGAACAUCAAACCGAUGAGAGUGGCUAUGAAAAAGUUGAAGAACAUACCACCCAACUCAUACAAGCAGUAGAAACAGACAAUGAUGAGUUUCACGAUGCGGAGGAGCAUGUUUUCACAAAUUUUGAGCAAAUAGAUAAAAUCCAUGUUGAUAAUCGUCGUCGAAGUUUAGCUCCAACAGGUCAUCGUAUUCCUGAUCAAUCUUUGAAUGCAGGUCAAUCAUUUAUAGAAAAUAUUUCUGAAGACAAAAAAGAAACUCGUAAAGAUAAAAAUAUUAAAAGGAAACGUAUGACACAAAGUUUUUGCAGUGCCGGUUCACUCGAUACCACAGACUUUGAGUUGCGUCAUGUAAACAAGAAACGUAAAAUUUUGGGACAAAAUGAUUCAGAAGUCGAUAAGAGUUUGGAAGAUUUAACUGCUAAGAACAUGAAAGAUGUACUUGAAAAGAACAAAAACGAAGUAUCUCAAGAACAAGAUACAAAUCCUGAAGUUCCCAAAAAGGCUGCGAUUGAUAAUGUGAACAGUCCAGUCGUAGAUAGCAAAAAUGAUUUUAAACGAAAAGAAAAAACCAAAUUAGCUGUGGAACAAGCACUAAAAUUUUCAGCAGAUGUUAUUACUCAAAUGUCUAAGAAGAAAAAGAAAAAUAAGAAGUUGGUGGAUGGAAAUAAACAUGCAUCAAAACAGGAUCAAAUAACAGAAGAGUCAAUUUCUGAAGCAGUAUCAAAAUCUGAAGAUCAAGCACAGACAUCGAUUGAAGUACAUAAAAUAAAAUCUUCUGCUGGGGAUAUAAUAGAAACACCCAUUACACCAAAAAAGAAAAUUCACAUUACCACAUUUAAUUUGCCAACUGGAACUGUUUGUGUCGAACCCAUGACACCGUGUCGUAAAGCAAUAGUAAAUGGUUUUAGAGAAAGUCCAUUUACACCAAAAUGUGUCGGCUUUAAGGUAGAAAGUAACUGCCAGGAUUUGUCUCCUACAUCAUCUCGUAAAAGCCGCAAACGCAAACGUUAUAUCGAGGAACCGAAACAUUCGUUACCGAAACCAAAAUGGACUCAAUCAGGCCAAUUUAUAGAGGAAGAAAUGUCAACAGGUGAAAUUGUCAAUUUAAAAAAAGGCAAGAAAGUUGAUAGCCUACAGUUAAGUAAGGAGAGCGCUCUUAAUUUUAAAAAUAGAGCUCUAUUUCGCAAGAACAUACAAAGGGAAAGUUCUCAAACGUUGCUUAGACGCAAAGAACGUGGUUUCCAGAACAAAUUUUAAUUUGCUUUUUUACAUUUAAGUUGAAAUUUAAGUUACUCUUAAUUUAAUUUUCAUAUAUUAGU